AUGGACUCUCAGGCCGCCGGGGCCCAAGCGCUGGGGGCGGCCAAGCCUCCUCGGGGCCCGCCUCUGCCGAGCUCAUGGGCGGCGCCCCCAAGCCCGGGGGUUGGCUUUGCUAUGACUGACCACUCUGAUCUGAAGGAGAGCGAGACUGAGAAGGCCACGGCUCGAUUAGCCAGAGGAGCACAGAGCAUCCCUAAUGAGAGUGCUGUCCACGGUGAGGGUGUCCCUUCUGAAGAGGAAGGCUUUGCUUUGGAUGAUGAGGAUUCUGAUGGGGAACUGAAUACCUGGGAGCUGCCAGAAGGGGUUUCCGGCUGCCUGCCCAAGGAACAGACGGCUGAUCUUUUUAAUGAGGACUGGGACUUAGAGUUGAAAACAGAUCAAGGGAAUCCCUACGAUGCCGACGACAUCCAGGGGAGCAUUUCUCAAGAGGUCAAACCUUGGGUGUGCUGUGUUCCACAAGGAGACAUAGUCUAUGACCCCAGCUGGCACCAUCCACCUCCACUGAUACCCCAUUAUUCCAAGAUGGUCUUUGAAAAGGGUCAGUUUGAUGAUGCCGAAGACUGA